AACAAGCAGUGAAAGGUUCGCCGAGCAGUGACAGUUCCCAUGCAAGCUAAAGCCACCUGGCACGUCCUCUCAGGCGAGCUCAAAGUUACCCCACCAAAACGAGGCAAUAACCAUCGUCAACUCCAACUGACUUCGCUGUCGUAAGCGAAUCGAUAAAUACUCCCCACCUUUGAGCCGCCGUUACCGCCGCUAUCUCCAGAUAAAGUUUCACCAACCACUCUUCUCCCGGGCUCCUUUGUGACGAAUCUAUCAAACUUAUUGCCUUUUCAGCAUCAUUUUAUAACUAGCUUUUUCCGGGACGGGAAAUUUCUGCAGGUCGGAACGGGAGAUCGAGAGGGCACAGGCCGCUAGGCAGCUGAACCCUGACCACUCGUACAGACUCGAUCUGCCCGGGCUUGACGCUACUUGAGGCUCAUUUUCUGAAAACCGGAUCACCUUGGAAGGUCACUGGAAAGAUUUGCAAGGGGUCUUUUGCGGGACUCGACCGCCACGAUGUCCAUAAAUUGGGUUAUGCUCUCCGAGACUCAAGGCUUCGUGCCUCUUCCCGGUGAGCGCAUCGUCUACACAUCGCCUCCGCGAACAACUCUGGCGCUUCAGACACCGAAUAAAUAUCCGGGAAAGGAGCCACUCUCUAUACAUAGCAGUGCGGGCUGUGUUCAUUUGACGAACCAACGAAUAGUUUAUCUUCCUGCGGGUCCAACGCCACAACUGCAAUCCUUCUCUGCCCCGAUUCUGAAUCUCCAUGAUACCCACGUAUCGGCGCCAUUUUUCGGUCCCAACGUUUGGACUGGUAUACUCCAACCUGUCCCUGGUGGAGGAAUCCCCCCUCAACAUGCAGUGGUCGAGAUUCGAAUGGUAUUUAAGGAUGGUGGCGCGUUUGACUUUCACUCACAAUUUGAGCGAAUCAAGGAGCGUCUCGAACAGGCCGUUGAGGUGGCACGGGAGAGCGGCGCCAUGGCUGGGGAUGGAUCGGCGCAACAAGCCGGGCGCGGUGGUGGGCCUUUGGCCGGUGUCAGUUUGGCAGCUGUCCACCUCGAUGAACUUCCUGCGUAUGCACCUGGACAGCAACCCCCGACAUCUCUGCAUAGUGCUAGUGAAGGAGCAUGCCAAGAAGCCGACAACUCUUGCCCGUCCGAGACCGAUCAUUUCUCACCACCAACGGAGCCACCGCCCGGCUAUGAAGAAGUACAGAGGGAGAGCGUGGCGGACGAGCUUGAGAGACGUCUUCGAGCGUCGCAGUGAGCUGAUGGGAUUGAAGACCUAUAUGGUUCCUACAUGAUACCAAUCUGUAUUUCAGGCCAGGAGUUUUGGUUUGCAUUACCGGGAGUUUACAUGGUUCUGUCGAAGCAUUGAGAUCGGCUCAAGGAGCGGAGUUCUGGGGUUAGAACUGGGAAUUAUACAUCCGUACACAGAUAUGCUGUUCUCAUAGCUCGAAUCUCUAUUCAAGAAGGCGGGGCUCAACUACUCCGUAUUUCUUAUUUCAUGAUCA